AUGGUAGACCUUGAGAAUGGGAGGAAGGCCACUUCUGAGGUAGGGAAGGAAGGGGGUCAGACGAAGACGACGGCGACUAAUGGUGGAGGGAGGGGUCCGACUUGGGCGGAGGUGAUCAAAGGUACGCCGAAACGCCAGGCAUGGACUACUCAUAAGAUUUCUGACCAGGAGCUGGGAUCAAUCCAGACUCGGUUCCCAGAUGUCCUGGAGGUGGAGGAGGAAAUGCUGGAGGAAUCUCGGGGUUUCUGGAAGGAUUUGGCGGUCCUGGUAAGGAGCUUAGGGAGGCAGGUUCCAGCGGACUGGGUGGUGAAGGAGGUGCGCCGUGCUCUGAAGCUCGACUACAAUCCGGAGUGCUUUACGAUGAUGGAUGGGUACAUGACUCUCUGCUUGGCCUGUGAGGUCCAUCGGGAGGCGGCGGUGAAGUUUGGGCCAUGGAUGGUGGCUGGACAGGUUCAUGCUAUGGAACGAUGGCGCCCAAAUUUCGUUCCCGGCAGGGAUGACAUCGGUAGAGGUGUUGUUUGGCUGAGGCUGCCCCGGCUCCCUCUGGAGUUUUGGAGGACGCCGAUUAUUCUACAACUGGCAGCGAAGGCCGGGAAGCCGCUGGAGGUGGAUUCAUUCACGGAUCAGAGGAAGAAGAUGGGCUUUGCUAGAGUGAAGAUCGAAUUGGAUCUCAAGGAGCCGUUGCGCCCUGGAUUAUUUGUGAAAGGGAGAAAGGAUUGA